GGAUGACUGCCAUGCAGACUGGAAAAUUCGGAGCGAGCGAAAAGGGGGUUGCUGGGCGCAGUAGUGUAGAGCAGUCGCAGUCGGCUGACAGAAGUCAGACAGGAAUGGAGUAAUACAGACCAUCUAACGAGCUAGCUACGGAGCGAGUGCACGACAAGUCGAUAAGUGUUCGUGGAAGAAAGAAAUUUAUUAAAAAUAUUGAAAAAUACCAAAGUUAAAUUUACUUGUUCUAUAAGUUUUUGUUUUUUUUUUUGUUCGGUUAAGAAUCAACGAAAAUUAAUUGCAUGCGACAAUAAGCUUUAAGCGAAAGGCAUUGGAAAAAAUCGAAAAGUUCUUCUCAAAUACACACACACACACAAAAGCGCCUAUAAAGUAUCUGCCAUCCACCCACCUUCGCAGGCAACGUCGACAUACAUACACAUGUAUGUACUUUAUUGAAGAAAAUCCUCAGCCUACAACGAAAUCGAAGGGUCCGUUCUAAGUCCUUCGGCCAGCAUCUUGUUUUCAACAAAAAAAAAACCUGUCAGUAAGAAAACCUCAGCCGCACACCAGCAGUAUUUGUUAACUAGUCGCCAAUUGGUCUCCAUCUACGUCACCUUCCAUUCUUGAACAAGCAAGCAUUCCAUAUAUAUGAUUAUCGUUUUGUUGUUAUUGUUUCAAUCGCUAUGUUUAUACUGUCAGCGGCUUGUUCUGCAUAUACACGAUCGAUGGAUCAAUCCGAAGAACUCACGCCUACUCAAAGAGGCCGCUGAGACAUCAUCGGCCGCGACACGUAAGCUCCUGCUAGAGCAGUACCACACUGGGCGCUUGGAGAGCAAUAAGCAGACGCGUAAGCGCAAUUCUACAUCGGCGUGCGGUGAGCCAGACGGCUCGGCGGGGGGUAUUUUAGCUGAAGCUUGUCGUUUUUGCGCGAACAGCCCGCAGGGAUACUGUCGUCACCAUUUUCAUCUACAGGAAUUGGAGUUGCGAAAAGCUCAACAAAACAAACAGGUAGAACAAAGCCAUCCACUAUCACAAUAUCGGCCACGAUUUUGGCAGCCGCUCUGUGGUGGUAACAGCACCACUGCCUUGGAGCAUACAUGGGCGCAGCGGCGGCAGCAACGCAAAGUGAAUCGUGAAUUGAAGCGUAAUUUGAAAAAUCGAUUGUGUGCCACAACGUCACUACAGCAACAACAACAACAACCACAACAGCUACAACACCCAAUGCAAAAGCAAUUUCAACUAAACCGACAGUAUUUGAGGCGACAGCAAUAUGAAGAGUCAAUGAGGGCAAGAAACGCCGGUACUAUUAGCAGCAGCAGUAGCUCGAGCAGCGGUGGUAGUCCAUUGUGGGAUACGUCCACAUCGAACUCGUCCAGUGGUCAUCAGUCACCUUUCGCCGCUGUAUACAACGUUAAUGGGUCGCUUACUGACAUUGACACAACAGAUUCUGGUUUAGCCACCUCCUUGGAGAGUGUUGCCUAUUACGGCGCUGAGGAACAGGAAUCCAUCGAGGAAUCGCCACCAGUUCUAGAAGAGAAGCUAACGCCAAAUUCAACUAUAACUACGACACACCUGUGAAUGAGUGAGAAAGAACUGAAGAAAGAUAUCUGCGAAAUACAGGCAGCCUAAAAAGCUACGAAAAAGCGCUGUCAUCAGAUCAUAGUGCAAUAAGUGAGCCAAUAGGUUAGGAGAAAGUGACAACUAGACAAAGG